AUGCUGUGUCCAGAAGUGUGGAACUUUCCCCCGCCAAAAGUUAUUGAAUCAAAGAAGCAUAACCAAGACUUGGAAUCCGUGAAAAACACAUUAAACCUCAACUGGUUUUAUAAGAGUGUAAUAGUAACGUGUCCUGAUGAAAUACAUACGCCGAGUUUCAUUAAAGAAAUUGUUACAGAAAACAGCGAUUAUUACAAAUUAUCUUCAUUUUCACUAACAGAGUUCGUAGAGCCUGCCUUUAUUGAAAGUUUCGUAAAAGCCGGUAAAUUGUUUUGUUUAUCUGCAAGUAGAAACUGUAUUAUACAAAACUGUGCCGCUGUGACUCCAGACGGUGUGCUUAUCUUACAUGUUCUUGAACACGUAUAUCAAACACUGGGUUUUGAAGGUAAAAAGAGACCAUAUGGUUAUUAUGAAGUCAAAAUUGAUCUAAAAUCUAUAAAAAGGCUUGAAAAAGUUAAAAUAGGCUUAAGCAAAUUAGAAUUAUUUGAUAUUUACUUAAUAUGGGAACCACAGAACGAAAAACCUUGUUCAUCCUCAGUGGUAACGUACUUUCAUGCAAGAGGUAUCAAAAUUUCAGUUCAUUCCUUGGAUGUAAAGAACAUAUCACCAAAAAUCACUGAAGCGCCUUCAGUAAAAGAUUUAGAUCCACAAGAAAUAACAGAAUGGAUUGGAAUGUUGGCACAUCAGACAGACCUUAGUCCAACGGAAGGUUACAUCAGCUCUUAUAGUCAACCAGAAAGUGAAAAUUCCUUAAAAACAACUAGAAUAUCUCUUUAUAUUGUAAAAGGUUUUAUACCAAUGUCAUUAGUUACUAAAAUAAGUGAAAAAUUAAAUGCCUAUGUAAUGUCUAGAGAGACAGACCAUUACUGGUCGGCGAUUAGUGUGCAGAGUGAUGAGAACAGUCCGUGGCAGUGGAACACCAGUAGUCCUAAUAUGUUUCAGGCUCAGGAUUCUUCUUGCAAUGUAUUUUUUACUCACCAAAAUCAUGUUGUGCAUUGUAUUGGACAAUUAAAGUAUUCAUAA